CGCGCAAUCGAUUGAAGCGUCUGCUGUUUCUUUUUUGGAAGGACUGAGUCCUGAGCUCGACGAUACGAACCUCUUCUUUCCCUCCUCGCUUGGUCGAAGAUUCUAGCCACCCUUCCCAAUUUCAGUACCGACGACGUAGCAGAUGAGAGGAGCGUUUUGGAAAUCAUAACUCGUGCUGUUUGCUUGCUACCCCUAUGGCUUCCGAGAACCUACGACCUGUCCGACCUUUACACAUCACCGUUAAUUCAGGCAGUGGAGGAGACCUGCUUGACAGUAUGCGGUCCGACGAUUCCCCAUCGACAGCUGGAACCCCAGGCUUGUCAAGAAACUUAAUACCACCUGCGAGAGGGCCGUCCGCACAGUCAUCACGAUUGGGUCCUGGUAUGUAUGGCUCACCAGGAAUAGCAGAGUCAUCAGACUCUCUCCUCAUACCACCAACGAGAACACGGGGCACACCAAGACCAUACCAAGAUUCGCCCGUAGAUAGCCCAUCCCGAGCAGCUUCACAAAUGUCAUCACGGCGGACGAGUUGGAGUUCGGAGGCGGGAAGCAGAGAUAGUCGGGGACCGUUUAUUUCGCCAUUUGCCUCUCCUUUUGACGAUUCGAGAGCGCCGUCGAGAGCUGGAAGCGAUGACGACAAUGUUAAUACCCAGACCGUCUCUGAGAAAUACAACAUCAUGCCCUCUGCAGGAUUACUGCUAUUUCCAGAAGAUGUCGAGAAGGACGAUUGGUUACAUAACCCAGAUCCAGACGAUAAGGAUAGGGAGAAGUGUGAUAUAUGGAAUAAGAGAGGAAUGGUCAACGUGGGAGGUUUAAUACUGAUCACUAUUGGAGUUCUUGUACUAUUCAUCGGCUAUCCUGUCCUAACGUUCGUUCGACAGGUUGUAGGAAUACCAACAGACACUUGUUCAACAGAUCCGGAUUGCUUGUCAGACAGCUUUGCAUUACUGAAGAACCAGAGAACCGGUCUCAUUGACUCUGACACGCCAAAGAGUGCUUAUUCGAAGACUUCGCACGAUGGCGAUAAACUAACACUUGUGUUCUCUGAUGAAUUUAAUACCGAUGGACGAACGUUCUACGAGGGAGAUGAUCCAUACUUCCAAGCUGUAGAUAUCUGGUAUGGUGUCACGCAGGAUCUCGAAUGGUACGACCCUGACGCUGUCUCGACCGCAAAUGGAACUCUCAACCUCAAAUUCGAUGCUUUCCAAAGUCACAAUCUCAACUAUCGCUCUGGUAUGGUUCAAUCAUGGAAUCAAUUGUGUUUCAAAGGAGGACGAUUAGAAGCGAGUAUUUCUCUCCCUGGUCGUGGAGACAUCGAAGGUUUCUGGCCUGGUUUCUGGGCGAUGGGCAAUCUUGGAAGACCUGGAUACCCCGCAACCACCGAUGGUCUAUGGCCUUACAGCUACUGGGACAAAUGUGACGCUGGUAUCACCGCAAAUCAAAGUUCGCCAGACGGUCUCAGUCUACUACCUGGAAUGCGAUUGCCUGCUUGCACGUGCAAGAACCAAGACCACCCUUCUGCUGGAAUCUCUCGAUCUGCGCCUGAAAUCGAUGGGCUUGAAGCUAGUGUUGGGUUCAUGGGACCUGGUCAAUACGAUGCCGCCACUGGAACUGCAUCUCAGUCUUUCCAAGCUGCCCCGUUUGACAUUUGGUAUCAGCCCGACUACAACUUCCUGGAGGUUUAUGAUACCUCCAUCACUGGCAUGAACGCUUACCGUGGUGGACCAUAUCAGGAGGCACUGUCUGGUGUAACAUGGUUGAAUGACGAGUGGUAUGAUGGAAAUGCGUAUCAAACGUACGGUUUCGAGUAUAAUCCAGGUGCAAGCGGCGAUAUCACUUGGUUUGUUGGUGAUGAUUACACCUGGCACAUGGAUCAUCGAGCUCUCCGACCAAACGGAAACAUAGGCCAGCGAAUCAUCCCGGAAGAACCAAUGGCGCUCGUCAUGAAUUUCGGUAUGUCGAACAGUUUCGCCACGGUGUUUUUGGCCAAUCUUGCGGAGUUGAUGCCAGCCACAAUGAGAUUCGAUUACGUGCGAAUUUACCAGGAAUCAGGAAGUGAGUCGGUCACUUGUGAUCCGGAGGGCUAUCCCACAACGAAUUACAUUAAAAGCCAUCCAGAGCCUUAUGCAAAUCAAAAUCUGACACUCUGGAGCGCAACCAAGUAUGACUGGCCUACCAACAGUCUUGUUGAUGGCUGUACGGCAGCAGAAUCCUCCUCAUCUUGAUCUGGUUCUCUGGCCUUCGAAACACCAGAACCUGUAUACAUCGAAUUCGAAUUUAUCAGUCCAUAAUACACGAGAAGCGGUACGAAUAUCAUGCGUCAAAAGGAUAUAGAACGGGCGGAUUGGCGCCAAUA